AUGAGUCGAACUAAUUGGUUUAACGUGAUACCUCUCGAAAUUUUUGAUAUGACAUUUUUAUUCUUACUUCAAGAGGCUUUUGAAGCAUCAGAAUGGAAAAAAGAAGGAUAUUUAAUGAUCGAGAAUGAUAUGGGCAAAUUUGAAGAAGUUUAUGUGAAUUUUUGGACCGUAUUUGUACGUUGGGUCAAAUAUCAAAAUAAUUAUGUUGAAUUUGCGAUUAUUGGUCCUAAUAAAUAUUUUACGAGAGACAUUAAUAUCUUUUUUAAAGAAGUGGAAGAUCGAAUUUAUUCAAAUAUUAAAGAUAUUAUGCAAAGGAUAAAGAAAUGUAAAUUUGCAAGUAGAAAUAAAGAAGUUUGCAAUUUAAGAGGGGUUGGUGGUUGUUUUUAUGAAUUUAAAAUGUGCCUUUGGAGUCUUGAGUAUAUUUAUGAUGAAGAGAAUGAAACAUGUUUGUAUUUUAAAGAAUUUCAUAGAUUAUUAAAAGAAGCGAAUUCGUGUGAACAGAUUAGUAAGUUGAUCGAUUUGAUCGAUGAAACUUUGAACUCUUACGGAGAUUAUAGGUUUAAUGAGGAGAUUAAAAAAAAGACUUUAAGAACUUCUUUUGCAAUUCCUGAAAGAGUAUCAUUUGAUUUUUCCAAGUCUUAUCAUGCAUUAAUAGUGCAGAAUAAUAUUCCUGAGGUUCAGUAA